ACCCGUCGACCUUUGCGCGGUCCCUGGCACUGACGUGGCCGCCGGGAGCCGCCAUCUUGUGUGCUUGGCGAGAGAAGAGCGCGGGUGAGGAAAAGGGCCGCGGCGAAAGAAGGCGGGGAGGGGGGGAAACCAGCACCGUCGCCCAGCCGCAGCGAGCCAGACUGGGACGCCGACCGAUUUCUUUGGCCAGUGAGUGAAGUCCAGACUCAAACAUGGGAAAUAUUUUUGCCAACUUAUUCAAAGGCCUUUUUGGCAAAAAAGAAAUGCGCAUACUUAUGGUUGGCCUGGAUGCUGCAGGAAAGACUACUAUUUUGUACAAACUGAAACUUGGUGAAAUAGUAACUACCAUCCCUACUAUAGGUUUCAACGUAGAGACAGUAGAAUACAAGAACAUUAGCUUCACGGUAUGGGAUGUAGGUGGCCAGGAUAAGAUCAGGCCGCUGUGGCGCCAUUAUUUCCAGAAUACUCAAGGUUUGAUCUUUGUGGUUGAUAGCAAUGACAGAGAACGAGUCAACGAGGCCCGAGAAGAACUUAUGAGAAUGUUGGCAGAAGAUGAGCUCAGAGAUGCUGUCCUUCUAGUGUUUGCUAACAAACAGGACCUGCCGAAUGCGAUGAAUGCAGCAGAAAUCACCGACAAACUAGGACUGCAUUCUCUUCGCCACAGGAACUGGUAUAUCCAGGCCACCUGUGCUACUAGUGGGGACGGUCUCUAUGAAGGACUGGACUGGUUGUCCAAUCAGCUCCGGAACCAGAAAUGAAGCCCCGACAAACCUUCCUCUUCCCCCCUCUCUUUUCCUCCCCUCCUUGUUUUCUUCUUCUCCUCCUCCUCCUCCUCCUCUUCCUCCACCCUUCGCUUUACUCUAAUGUGGCAAACCAUGCUACUUUGUGGUAUUGAGUGCCGGAAGCUGUUUUCAUUUCCCUUUGUCACCGGAUGCCCUUCACCACGCUGUCCGUGUGGCAAAUCCAAGCCGGAAAACAGUUAGGGUUCUUAUUUAAUGUAAAUAGUUCUCGUUUCCAGUGAGACAGUUUCUGGUACUCCUAUGCAAUAUUACUCAGCUUUUUUUAUUGUAAAGAAAAUCAACUCGCUGUUUAAUACUGGGAAAGGGAUUUAAAGUGGAUUUAGAGUAGGGUUGCCAGUUGUACGCUAGAGCUGAAUACGAUCCCUUGUGGCUGGUGAGGUCUGUGCAGCAGAGCCCCCGUGUGGCGGCUGGGGGGCUUUUUUUUAUUUCAUUUAAUGAAAUAUAAUGAAGACACUUGAACAAAAUAUGUCCCCUGUUCGGCCACCGCUUGAAUUACCAGCAACUUAAUAUGUUAACGAUUCACAGAAUGAGGAACAUUCUGUGAUUUUCUUGUGCUUGACAACCUUUUUUGUGUAUCACAUGACUACGAGACCCUCUUCGGCUAGAGCUAGGCCAGCGGCUAAGAAAUUGGCUCACAUACCAACCUAGCAACCCUCUAGCUCUCUUUAGAUUCAGGCAAGAACUGUCUGUCGCAUCCUGCCGGGCGUCACCUUCAUCUGUUUUGGGUUCUGCCCCCUGCCUGCCCCCAAGCGUCCUGGACUUUUUUUCUUGUAUAAAACUCCUCCACCGAAGGCAAACUGUUUCCUCAGAGCUCGGCAGUCCAUAGGAGUCCUGAAGCUCUGCCAUCAGUUAAGUACCGUUCUUAAGUCAGAAAUGCCAUCCAAAUCAUCUAAUGUAGCACCUAGGGGGGGAAAUAAAAUAAAAGCAUGAGAGUGUGGAGUUUCAUUCCGUAAUAGAAGUAUUCAGCGCCAUUUUCGGAACCGUUUUUUCCCCAUCUGUAUAUGUGUGAAAACCCUUCGCAGCCCUCAUACUGCAAGGUUCGGAUUUGCCAUCAAGAAAGACCUCUUAACUUUUUUUUUUCUUUUGUAUUUUGAUAAAAACACUGAAGAAGCUGGAGCUGUUUAAACUUUAACUCGAGGAACUAUCAGAGCUGGUUUUGUUUAGUGUCGUGGAAAAUCUUAUUUGCUUUCAAUCCACAGUUAGUAAUCGACUGUUUUGUAUACUUGUUUUCAGUUUUCAUUUCGACAAACAAGCACUGUAAUUAAAAAGCUAUUAGAAUAAAAAUCUCUUAACUAUU